AUGUUAGAAGGUGCAAAAUCAAUGGGUGCCGGAGCUGCUACAAUUGCUUCAGCGGGAGCUGCUGUAGGUAUUGGAAACGUAUUCAGUUCAUUAAUUCAUUCCGUGGCAAGAAAUCCAUCAUUGGCAAAACAGUUAUUCGGAUAUGCAAUCCUGGGCUUUGCUCUAACCGAGGCUAUUGCCUUGUUCGCAUUAAUGAUGGCCUUUUUGAUUCUCUUUGUUUUCUAA